AUGACAAGGGGAGUUCUGAGGUUUGUGACUUCUCCGAUGAACUCUGGAAAGACAACUAGUAUGCUGCUGAAGGCAAGGCAUGCCUCCUCCCUAGGAAGAAAGGUGCUCCUUGUGAAACCCCAGACCGAUACAAGAUACAAAGGAUCUGUGAUAAAAUCACGAUGUGGGACCGAGAUGGAAUGCAACCUGUAUGUUGACUCUAAGUUUAACUUCAAGAGGGAUGUUUCUUACAAGGGCGUGGACAUGGUGUUUAUAGAUGAGGCACAGUUUCUGAGCUCUAAACAAAUAGAGGAACUGAGAGAGGUUGUGGAUAUCUAUGGAGUUUCGGUGUGGUGCUAUGGGCUUCUUACAGAUUUCAAGAAGAAUCUUUUUGAAGGAUCGAGACGACUGGUUGAACUGUGUGACAAGAUGUCUGAGUUUGACAUUCUGUGUUACUUCUGUAUGGAGAGCGGGAGAUUCCACUUGAAGUACAUUGAUGGAAAGGCGGAUACUUCUGGACCCUCCAUCGAUGUCUGCGAGGAAGGAAAUGAGAAGUUUGUUUCUGUAUGCCAUGUUUGUUGGGUGGAGAAGACGACAUCUGAGGAAGCUCGGUUUUCGAAACUCUACAAUAGAAGUAUUUCCGUGGACAAACAAUGUGUUUCAUACUCUGGACCCUCUAUGAAUGAAUUUACAAACAUGGUACCCUGA